AUGGGCGCCAAUCUAUCGGCGAAGAAAGAGCCGCCGAUAAUUGCCAUCUGCGAUGCGCCGGUGUUUUGUGUGAAGAAGAUGGGGACACGGCAUCUGCUGGUGGCUGGUGGAGAUGGUGCGGCGAAGACAGGUGUUCCAAACCAAAUAGAGACAUUGCUCAUCACGUUCGACCCGAAGGCCACCAGAUUUCCGGCGGCUGGUGCGGCAACUAAGGUCACCAACAAGCUAAACACCGAUCCGUACGCGACAAUGACAUUGGAUAUUGCACAUAUCGAGCAUUCGGUUACGGGCACUUAUUUGAUCGCUGCUGGACACGAUCAGUAUUGCAAACUGUACGAGACGACUGGCUUCGAGGUUGAUCCUGAGGAAUUCAAAAAUGAUCCGAAGCACCUCGGCUUCAAAUGGCGAGAGGUUGGGCGAUUGACAACGACAGAUCUACAAGAGAAUGCAUAUCUUAAAGUGGUGAAAUUCGAUCGAAGUCGGCCUCGAGGGCAACGAUUGGCCACUGGCAGUACGGAUGGCCAUAUUCGAAUGUGGGAGACGAAGAAUAUCUUUGACAGUCGGGACCCAGCACUGACGCACCAUCCAAUCCUGGAUAUUGCCGUCAAUCAAUCAGAAGUGGAUGAUCUCGAAUUCUCGAAUGAUGGAUCGAUUAUUGCAUCUGUUGCCGAGGGAAAGGCGAUAUUAUGGGAUGUGAAUAGCGGAAAGAAGCUUCUCGAUCUGCCGAUGCCCGCCCCGAAAUGGGAGAAAAAGUACAAGGUUCGCUUCGUGCGUUUCACCCCGUAUGGUGAAGGGAGACACGUCUUUGUCGUCGCCUACAAUCAAAUUCAACGGUAU